GUCCGUCCAUCUCCCCACCUUUGCAAAGACUCCCCUCCUGGACAUCGAGGCAGGGAUGGACAACAGGGGGAAAAACCAAGGCGGGUCCAGCAACCACCCCAGCCGAUUCCCCAGCGGGACGUCCCAGUCCACCAAGCGGGGGGCCUCCUGUGCCCCCCCGGGUGCCAGCAGAUAUCGCGUGCGCCCUGCUACACCCCAGGAUUGUCCCACCCUCCUCUGCCUCAUCAAAGAAGUCGCUGCUCUUGAAAAAAGGCCCCAUCCAGUCAGGUUAACGGAGAAAGAUCUGGUGGACGACGGCUUCGGACCUCAACCGCUCUUUUACUGCCUGCUGGCGGAGGUGCCCGCGGAGGAUCCCGCCUCAGGCUUCCUGGGGGUCGGCUUCGCCAUCUACUACUUCACCUACGACCCCUGGAUCGGCAGGGUGCUCUUCCUGGAGGAUUUUUACGUGAUGAAAAGUUACCGAGGUCUGGGCAUCGGGAAAGAGUUUCUGAAGAAGCUAAGUCAGGUGGCAACCUCCCUCCGCUGCGCCUGCAUGCAGUUUCUCGUCAACAUGAGGAACCAGAAGUCGGUGGACUACUACGUCAACUGUGGGGGUUUCGACCUGUCCUCGGAUGCCGGCUGGCAUCUGUUCCGAAUGGCCAAGGAUGACCUGACCAACCUCGCGACCAAAGAAAGCAAGAAGUUCCCGGAGAGCUGCCCCAAGGAUCUGGGCCAAGGGCCAGCCUAGACCUGAGACCGCUCCCUCCGGGUUGGAGGGUGGGCUGUCACAUCUCCACGAGCCCCACGGGCCAGUGCCCUUCGGUUGCGGUCGAAUGGCCCUUUGGCUAUUCAUUUGGAAGCUGGGCGUGCAACAAGGUUUUUCACCAGGCUGUCAUUCGUCUGAGA